AUCAUGAUCAUUUAAUAAACAAUAAACAGUAUUUAGCAAAGAUGAGUCUAAAUUGAUUUGAGAAACAAUAGCGUUUAUUAUGAAGUGUUCAUAGUAUAUGGCCAUGGUAAUUUUCAACAGAAGUGAAUAAUGAUGGCUUUCGAUCGACUUAAAGAAUUUUGUAUAAAUCAGUAAGAUUGUUAGGAUUUUUUAUCAAACGAUCGUUGGAACUCAACGUGCAACAACUUAAUACAAUGAAAUUUCUAAUUAUUGGCUUUGCUUUUGCGGCAUUAGCGUGUGCGCAGUACGCUCCUAGUUCGGAAUACCUACCUCCUAUUCAGGAAGUUAGUCAGUCUUUAGAAUUGGAUGCCCCUUCAAACGAAUAUUUAGCCCCUGCUGUAGGUGAAGAAACCGUCUUGGCUGAUGAUGGUUAUCGUUACAAAACCGUCCGUCGUCAUCGUCAACGCAGACGCCGUGAUGUCAGCGAAUUGACCCAAUACUUGCCUCCCACCCAAGAAGCUUCUUUUGAAGUAGCAGCCCCUUCAAAUGAAUAUUUGUCUCCUGUUGUUGAAGAACAACAAACCGUAUUAGCUGAUGACGGUUACCGUUACAAGACUGUUCGUCGCCAACGCAAACGUCGUGAUGUCAGCGAAUUGACCCAAUACUUGCCUCCCACCCAACAAGCCUCUUUUGAAGUAGCAGCUCCAUCCAAUGAAUAUUUGUCUCCUGCUGUUGAAGAACAACAAACCGUAUUGGCUGAUGACGGUUACCGUUACAAGACUGUUCGUCGUCAACGUAAACGUCGUGAUGUUAGCGAAUUAACCCAAUACUUGCCUCCCACCCAAGAAGCCUCUUUCGACGUAGCUGCCCCAUCUAAUGAAUAUUUGGCUCCCGUUGUUGAAGAACAACAAACCGUUUUGGCUGAUGACGGUUACCGUUACAAGACUGUUCGUCGUCAACGUAAACGUCGUGAUGUUAGCGAAUUGACUCAAUAUUUGCCUCCCACCCAAGAAGCUUCUUUUGAAGUAGCAUCCCCAUCCAAUGAAUAUUUGGCUCCUGCUGUUGAAGAACAACAAACCGUUUUGGCUGAUGACGGUUACCGUUACAAGACUGUUCGUCGUCAACGUAAACGUCGUGAUAUUAGCGAAUUGACCCAAUACUUGCCUCCCACCCAAGAAGCUUCUUUUGAAGUAGCAUCCCCAUCCAAUGAAUAUUUGGCUCCUGCUGUUGAAGAACAACAAACCGUAUUGGCUGAUGACGGUUACCGUUACAAGACUGUUCGUCGUCAACGUAAACGUCGUGAUGUUAGCGAAUUGACUCAAUAUUUGCCUCCUACCCAAGAAGCCUCUUUUGAAGUAGCCGCUCCAUCCAAUGAAUAUUUGGCUCCUGCUGUUGAAGAACAACAAACCGUUUUGACUGAUGACGGUUACCGUUACAAGACUGUUCGUCGUCAACGUAAACGUCGUGAUGUCAGCGAAUUAACCCAAUACUUACCUCCCACCCAAGAAGCUUCUUUUGAAGUAGCAGCCCCAUCCAAUGAAUAUUUAGCUCCUGCUGUUGAAGAACAACAAACCGUAUUGGCUAAUGACGGUUACCGUUACAAAACCGUACGUCGUCAACGCAAACGUCGUGAUGUAAGUGAAUUGACCCAAUAUUUGCCUCCUACCCAAGAAGUGGCUUUUGAAGUUGCUGCUCCCUCCAACGAAUAUUUGGCUCCUAUUGAGCAACAACCAACUAUUUUGGCCAAUGAUGGCUACCGUGAAUCGAGUCCACUUGCUGAUGACGGUUAUCGUUACAAAACUGUAAAACGUUUACGUUUGCGCCAUCGUCGUGAUGUCAAUGAAUUGCCAUCAAACGAAUACUUGCCUCCUACAGAGUCAGCUCCAGCUGUAGCUGAUAUCCCAGUAGUUGAUACCGCUGUUGAACCUGAACAAGAUACCGCUGUUUUAGCUGAUGAUGGCUACCGUUACAAGACCGUUAAACGUAUUCGUUACCGUCAUCGCCGUGAUGUCAAUGAAUUGCCCUCAUAUGAGUACUUACCUCCUACUCAAGAAUCUCAAGUUGUGGAAGAAGCUGCUCCUGUUGCUGCCGCUGAAGAAUCUGCUGUUCUUGCUAACGAUGGUUAUCGUUACAAGACCGUUAAACGUAUCCGUUAUCGUCAUCGCCGUGAUGUCAACGAAUUGCCCUCCAACGAAUACUUGCCCCCUACCCAAGAAACCCAAGUCGUAGAAGAAGCUGCUCCAGUUGUUGCUGCCGCAGAAGAAUCUGCUGUUCUUGCUAACGAUGGUUACCGUUACAAGACCGUUAAGCGCAUCCGUUAUCGUCAUCGCCGUGAUGUCAACGAAUUGCCUUCCAACGAAUACUUACCCCCUACCCAAGAAACCCAAGUCCUAGAAGAAGCUGCUCCAGUUGUUGCUGCCGCUGAAGAAUCUGCUGUUCUUGCUGAUGAUGGUUACCGUUACAAGACCGUUAAACGCAUCCGUUAUCGUCAUCGCCGUGAUGUCAACGAAUUGCCCUCUAACGAAUACUUGCCCCCUACCCAGGAAACCCAAGUCGUAGAGGAAGCUUCUCCAGUUGUUGCUGCCGCUGAAGAAUCUGCUGUUCUUGCUAACGAUGGUUACCGUUACAAGACCGUUAAACGUAUCCGUUAUCGUCAUCGCCGUGAUGUCAACGAAUUGCCCUCCAACGAAUACUUGCCCCCUACCGAAGAAACCCAAGUCGUAGAAGAAGCUGCUCCAGUUGUUGCUGCCGCAGAAGAAUCUGCUGUUCUUGCUGACGAUGGUUACCGUUACAAGACCGUUAAGCGCAUCCGUUAUCGUCAUCGCCGUGAUGUCAACGAAUUGCCUUCCAACGAAUACUUACCCCCUACCCAAGAAACCCAAGUCGUAGAAGAAGCUGCUCCAGUUGUUGCUGCCGCUGAAGAAUCUGCUGUUCUUGCUGACGAUGGUUACCGUUACAAGACCGUUAAACGUAUCCGUUAUCGUCAUCGCCGUGAUGUCAACGAAUUACCCUCCAACGAAUACUUGCCCCCUACACAAGAAACCCAAGUCGUAGAAGAAGCUUCUCCAGUUCUAGAGUCUGCUCCUUUGGCCGAUGAUGGUUAUCGUUACAAGACUGUAAAACGCGUCGUUUACAGACGUCGUGUUUAAAUGAAAUAUUCAACAAUGAUAGCAAUUAGUUUUAGAAAAUAAAAUCAACGAAAAAUGUAGAAUUGAAAAGAUAUAAAAUAAAUAAUACAUGUACAUGUAUGUAUGUAUAUUGUACAUAAAAUUAAAUAAUGAA